UCUUCAGCACCUUGGCAAAGUGGGUGCGAACGGCUGUCCCUGCAGCGGGAUUCCCAGCACUUUGCACCCUGUAAGGAGAGGUGGGAAUCUUGGCACCGGGAUCCGGCCAGCUGUGCAGCCCUGCGGCCCCCGCCUGGCUUCCUGUCCCCUGCCAGAGCCCGGCCUGCCUGGCCGGAGCUCCCGUGUCCCUCUGGGGUCCCUGUGCCCCACUUACUGCCCCCACACUCUCUCCCUCUACAGCACGCAACAUCCCUGGGGUUGGGCUGGUGCCAGAAGCAGGGGCUCUGCCCCACAUCCUCCUCUGCCCCCCUGGCACGGGCAGCAAAUGCUGCCAUUGCCCUUUCCAGCGGAGGAAUACCAGGCUGCCCACGGGCACAGGCUCACGCUGCCUGCCAGCUUCUGGCAAUGUUGAAAAGGAAUAUUUUGAAGUAAAGGGACUAUUGUGGGCACCUUAGGCUGCCCAUGGGGGGACCAUUAGACCUCCAGUUUCCACUUGCUCUCCAGUAUCCCCUGAUGGGUUUGUUUGCCUAAUCAAGAAGGAAUGCAGGGCACCGCAGCUCUCCAGCCUGGCAUCGCCAAUGACUUUGCACCCGGGGAGGGACAGGGAAUGGACAUGGUGGGGGCACGCCAGGGACUAACAUGGGGACGGCGGCGGGCCCGAGGCCAGCGCUGGCAGAGGGGCUGACGGGCGUGAUUGCAGCUUGUCACGUCCGCAGAAGGGCCACGGCCGUGUGGGGGAAGCCUGGAGGCGUUUGACCCCGGUGCUCACGGGUCCCAUUGCUGCCAGCUGUGCCCGGGCGGGCCAGGGCUGCCAGUCUCGUCCCUGGAGUCGUGGCACCCGCUGGACCCCCCAUCCAGGCACCCUGCAAGGUACCCUGCACCUCUGGACAGGCACAGCUGAGGCACUGACCACUGAGGUGCUGGCUGCUGAGUGCUCAGGCCUGGAGGCAGGUGAGCAGCCACGGAGGGCGCCCAGGGACGCCCUUCCCAUGCCCUGAGCCAAGGGAGGAAGCGGCCGGAGGCAGGAAGCCUUCCCCCGGGCCCGGGGCCCCUGCUGCGACUUUGCUGGAAGGUCAGCGGCGACACAACAGGAAAUCGUGCUGCCUCGGCUGGGCGGCCAGGCCGGAGCCACAGAGCCGCGCCGUGCUGUCCUGGGCCGCUCCCGGCCUCCGGCCCUCCGUCCUGGCUGGGCGGCUCGCGGGGAACCCGCGCCACCACUGCCCUCCAUGGAAGGGGGACGGGAGCCAGGGAGCAGCCGCUGGCCCCAGGGUGGAAGAUGCAGGGCCGAAGCCCCCAGCUGAGCAUGGAGCUGAACAGACUGCUCCUCCUCACAUCCUUCCUCCUGUACGUGAAAGAGGACCGUGCCAGCCCAACACGGCUGGUCUGUGACAACAGGCUUAUCCAGAAGUACAUCGUGGAGGCCAAGGACAUGGAAAAGAGAGUGGACCAGUGCCAGGCCCUGCCUGCACUCAGCUGCCCUGCAGUGCUGCCCUUGGUGGACUUCACUUUCCAGCAGUGGAAAUCCAAAUCGAACGAGACCAAGCGGAGGGAGAUCCUGUGUGACCUGGCCCUGCUGGUGGGUGCUGCAGCAGCGGCCCAGGGCCAGGUGAGCGACGAGUGUGGGGCCAGGCAGCUGAGCCAGCUUUACCGACAUGCCAACUCCUUCUUCCUGCUCCUGCAGACCUUCAGCUGGGAGGUGAGACCUCCCCACAUGAACCAGAGCAUCCUGGCACAGGUUCCAGCUGGGCUGGGUUGGAUGCAAUGGUGUUUGUCACCCCUCUGUCCCACUCUCACCCCUCAGGCAGGACACUGGGAGCCGAGCUGCUCCCCACACUCCCUGGAGCAGACCCACAUCACCAGCAUUUUCCUCACCUACCGGCAGCUGGUACAGGGCAAGUUGCGCUUCUUCUUCUAUGACUUGGCCAAGGUCUUGUGCAAGCAAGGACAGGGGGACAGCAGAGACCCUCCAUGCGGGGCCCAGUGAGGCUGCACACAGGGUUCAACCACAAAGCGAUGCUGGAGCAAUCCUGCAGGACACUAAGCUGUGCUUUGGGUGCCCAGGAAGAUGCCCACAGGGAAAGGGUUGGCACCUGUUCCUCAAGUCUUCAUGAACCGUGCAGCGCAUGGAGGCAAACAGUGACAUGUGCCAGCAGGCACAGGCCCUGCUCCUAUCCGGGCAGGCACCUCUACUGUGAAUGCUUUUCAAUUAAAGAGCUAUUUUUCUAAAGAGUUGUGUGUAUCCUUGUGCCCAGGCUGAGGGAAGAAGCCAGCUCCUCUGAGGCAUGCUCCCAGUUCUGCCCAGUGCCCACUGCCACCUGCAGCAGCUGCCAGUACUGCAGGAUCCUCUAGCAUGGCCCCACACAGUGCCUGAG